UUUCAUCUUGAUCAAACUCCUCGCGGCUGCACUUGCAGAGAGCUGCAGCGUUUGGAAGAAAUGGACCUCAGACCAGCCGUCCUUGCCAUCGCGAUGCUCUGCCUCGCGCUGCCCCGGGCGGCAUUGUCCCAGUCCCAGAACGCACCGCCGGUCGCCGACACCCCGGCGCCGGCCCCGGCACCGCACCACGUUAACCUCACCGACCUGCUCUCGCUGGCCGGCCCCUACGGUACGUUCCUCGGCUACCUCGUCCGGACCGACGCGAUCCGGACGCUCCAGAGCCAGGCCAACGCCACCGAAGGCGAGGGCGUCACCGUGUUCGCGCCCGAGGACUCGGCGUUCGCGGCCGUCGACGGCGCCGCGCUGUCCAACCUCACCACCGACCAGCUCCGGGCGCUCGUGCUGUGCCACGCGGCGCCCCGGUACCUGCCGCUCUCGUCGUUCGCGGCGCUGGCCGCGUCGGGCCCCGUGGCCACGUUUGGCGGGGCACGGUGCGCGGUGAACGUCACCUACGCCGCGGGCAGGAUCCGUCUCGCGGCGGGAUGGACCAGGGCGGCCAGGCUCGUCAGCAGCGUGUACUCGACGCCGCCGGUCGCCGUGUACGCGCUGGACAGGGUGCUGCUGCCCGAGCAGGUGUUCCCGACCGAGCCCGCCGUGGCGCCCGUGCCCGCGCCCGCGCCUGGCCCGGCGGCGGUGCGCGAGGGCGAUGCGUCUGCGACCGGCGGCGCGCCGGCCGCCACCGAGCAUGGAGGUGACAAGAGCUUGUCGUUCCGGGUCGGUGCAGGUCGCGUUCUUGUUGGCUACUUGGCCAUCUUUGCCUUCGGGUUUCUGAUGAUGUAAACGUCGAUUUCGAUCUUUUGCGUUGGUGCCGCACGUACGGUGAAACUUUGUCGUAGUUUUGUAAGAGGGAGUGGGUUCUGUUGCACCUUGCUCGUGUGUUAUUGCAGACGUGUCGAUUCGUUUGUAUUGUACCGUGACGAUUUCCACAGGUUAAUAAAAGAGGACUCUUACACGACU